CUUACUUUUGUUUACCAAGCUUAUAUUUUUGAGUUAAGUUUUCUCAUUUUUUAUAAGAUCGUGUUCGUGAGUGUUUAAAUUAAUAGUUUCUCCGUAUUGUUUGUUCAAUAUAAUAAACGUGUGAUGAAAGGCAAACAUAAGUACCUGAUGUAUGAUAGUGAACAGCGUGGGUUAAUAUAACUUAGCCUAAGUUUCUCACUGGUGUAACUUUUUUCUGGAUUUUCAGUCUUGGAUUAUUCAGAUGAUGAUGAAGAAUUUAACUCAUUAUUUUAAAUCACCAAAGGAAGAUGAAGAUAAAGUUGAGAAAACUGAUCUUAUUAACAAGAAGAUCAAUGAAGAAACACCCCCAAAAAAGAGAAAAAUAAAUCUUUCAAAAAGUAAGAAGAAAGCAAGCGAGUCUGCCAAAGAUAACGUUUUACCUGAACAUCCAAGUAGUGAAGAUGCAGUACAAAAUCAAAUAGAGAUGCCAAAAUCAACAGAAGAAGUGCCUAAUAAAAACAGUAAAAAACGUAAAUUAGAAUCCGAUUCCAACAGCUCAGGUAAAAGGGUUAAAACAACGAAACCAUUAGAAAACAGCCUAAAAAAGCGCAAUAAAAAAAGUAUAGUCAGUUCUAACAGAAAUCUGCAAUCCUCCAAAUGUGAUAAUAAUGUAACUUCCGAAGAUUCUACUUCAAAAAUAUGUGAUGUUGAAUCUAUUGUUAUAGAAAAUACAUCAUCUUGUGAUGAGCCACUAGUGAGAGUAAAACGAAAACCAAGAAAACACUUGUUCGAUGAUUCAGAUGAUGAACUUCAAUCAACAAAAUCUGAAAAACCUGAAUCAACACAAACAUCUGAGCCGGUUGAAAGCAAUAAUAGUAGUUGUAACGCAACUUCUCGGAACAGCUUAUUUAGUUAUUUUAAUAAAGUAGACAAGGACACUGUAUUAAAACAACAGCAACAGAAAUCUAGUAAAAUUGAAGUUAAAGCAGAUAUUCAUUCAUCUUCAAACGGCGAAAAAAUUGAAAGAAAGAGUGUGGACAAAAUAACAAUAAAGAAUAAAACAAUGAAACAUAAAAAUAAAUCUCUACUCGAUGAUAGUGAUAGUAUUGAGUUAAUCAGUUCAGAAGAAAUCACUGAUGAAAAUGAUUCAUUGAGUGUUAAUGUUUCUGUGGAGGUGGAUCAGAAUAAUAAAAUUUCGUCCAAUUUAAAUAUACAAAGCCAAUCGAUUAAAUCUCAACCUUCAAAUAUUGCAAGUAUUUUUAUGGCAAAGAAAAUUCGGCAAAAUAAGGCUGAUGAGGGAGUAUCCUCAAACGGAAUGAAUUUACUCGUCCAAUCAGAAACUCAGAAAGAUAACAGUGAAAAAGAAAAUUUGAACGACUCACCUGUUGUGUCACUCAAAGCCAAUAAAAGUUUGAAGUCAAGGAAGAGUUUAAAAAGUAAACAAACGUCUGGUAAAAAACAAGCGUCUAGCAAAACUGAAAAAGAGUUACCUAUUGAAUCAACAUCACGGAAAAAUGAAAAAGAUACUCCAACAGUUGAUACAACUCCUACCUUAAAUUCUUCGUCUUCCAAUGGCAGCAAAAAAACAAGAUGUUCGAGCAGUGUUAAAAAUCCCACUGAAGGGAAAAAACUUGAAGUUGAUAGUCCUAAAGCUGUAAAAGCAAUCAAGAAUCUAAAAUGUUCUGAAGGCCAUAAAACUCCCGACAAACAAAAGUUGAAAAAAUGUGAUGAUGGAAAAAUUACACCAAAUAAAAAAACAACUAUAAAUGGUUUCUUUAGUCCAAAAAGUAAUAACUUGUCGAAUACGAACGUUAUUGGUACUGAGAAAAUUACCCCAAAAGCAAAGUCUGCAUGGGUUAUGAAAGUUUGCCUGAGUGCAUCGAAAAAUCUCAAGGUGGAUUCUGAUGAAGAUGAUUUGAAAUGCUCUCAGGAUUCUGGCAAAGGGGACAGUGAAGUAUUAUCCUGCCCUCUUGAAGAAUUGAGUCAGAAAACCAUUGGAGAAAACAGGACGCUAAAAACUGACGAUGUUGUAGUUAUCGAUGAUGAUGACUCGGCUGUGGAAGUCAGUGAAUCUAAUGGUAGAAGUAAAAGAUCAUCACUUCCAAGAAAUACCAAAAAGCCAAAACCAAACGUUGAGAAUGAAGAAGAUGAAGAAGUAAAAGUGGUGGAGGUUAAGCCUCAAACCCCUAAACCUGCUGUAAAAAUGUGGCCUUUUUUCCAAAAGGGAGGCGCUCGACAAGUUAAAGAUGCUCCAGUCAAUGAAGCCCAAAUGAAAGCCAAGAUGUUAUUUCUAGAAAGUGGUGUCCCUGAAAGCGUUAAGAGAAAGGUAGAGGCUGUGAAAAGUGACACAAUCCUCGGGUCACCAGCGCCUUUUCCAACCAUCAGUCACGUUCUGCAAGCUGAAGAGAUCAGCUGUUCAGACUCUGGUAACUUGAACCUACCUCCAAUCAGGAGCGUCUCUCCGCCUCCUGUCAUUCCUGUCUGGACCUCUAGUCUUCCCCUGGACGAACAGGAUGAAUCUGAAAUCUCAACUUUUGAGCGUCCUGGGAAUGGAAACGUGAAAGCGUUUUUGGAAAAAUUGAAAGAACAGGAACCAAAAACUGAAGUUAAAGUCCUCUUCAAAAAACUGAAAGAAUAUAAAAACAAGGCAGAAUCCGAUAUCUGGACUGAGGUAUACAAGCCUACCAACUCUGCCGAUAUGGUAGGCAACUCUGAGAACAUCAAGAAACUGAAAACGUGGCUCGAAACCUUGAAGAACUGCAGGAAAAGAGAAGGCAGUGUCAGUAGUGGGGAUGAAUUUGUCAGUGAUGACAGUAACGGAGAUGACAGCAACUUCAACAACAUGGCUGUCAUAUCAGGCCCAUGUGGGUGCGGCAAAACCAGUGCUGUCUAUGCUAUAGCUAAGGAGCUCGAUAUUAAGGUGCUAGAGAUAAACGCAUCGUGCAACAGAUCAGGCAAACGCAUUUUAGCGGAGUUCUCCGAGUCAACUCAAUCACACCAUGUGGAGAGGUCCCAGCCUAUCAGUGGACUGUUUAACAACCAAGGUUCAGGGAAGAAGAAGAGGAAAAAGUCCAAACAUAUUGAAAAGUCAAAGUCAGAGAAAACAUCACUUAUUUUGGUGGAAGAUGCAGAUCUCUUAUUUGCGGACUGUGACGAGGGGUUUGUUCCGGCUCUGGCCUCCCUUGCUGCAAGCUCCAAGAGGCCGAUUGUUCUAGUCACCAACCAGGCCAAUUCAACUCACCUGGAUCGCUUCAACAACUCUAAACUGCUGCGGAUCACAUUCAACAGACCGAGGCCGAACAAACUGAGUUUGUGGUUGCGGCUGGUAGGUCUAGUGGAGGGGGUGAUGAUGUCAACAGACCUAGCCUUACGUCUGGUCACUGUCUGCAACUGUGAUGUCCGCAGGUGUCUAUUGCACCUGCAACUCAUGAUCAAGUGCAAUAAUACAGAGGUUCAAGACAAAAUCAACGUGAAUAGAUUGUGGUGGGGAUGGCCCGGACGGUAUCAACUCAAUUACGAACUGCCAACGCUACUGGAACCUGAGGAGGAACUGAGGCCUGAGACAGACAAGGCAACUGUGCGGCGCCAGCUUGAGGCAGUGGCAGACACAACACGGCGCCUGGCGCUACUGGACAUCCUGUCCCCUGGCAUCAGAGAGGAAUGUGUUGAGGAACAUGAAGACCCUUGUCCGAUGGCUUGGUCGGCCAGGUGGAAGGACAGUACUGCACUGACAGCUCCUACCUCAGGCCACAGUCUUGGCCAGAGUGAGGAGGCCGAGUGGCUACAGCAGGCCUUGGCCUACCAGGAGCUUGGCCUAUCACACAGGACGAGCCAGACACCUCAGGAGGCCAGGUGGCUUUCUAUUCUGAGGCAAGCUGAGCAGCUGUACAUGCCGGGUAUUACGACGACGGCACACACCAACCAUCAGGGAGUGACUUGUGACUACCUGCCUGUGUUGCGGGAAUUAGGACGAUCCGAGCAAGUCAGGCUGGCCAACUAUACGAGACGAGCCAACCGAUUCUUCAACUACCUCCAGGGCCUGGGCAUACACGCUAGCAAGUCAUACAGAGACUUUAUGUGCGACGCUUUCUCAUGACCUUUUCGACUGCUAGUCAGUAAUGUACAAUGUGUAAAUAAUGUGUGAAUUGUAUAGGUGAAUUUCAUCCAGAUGUACAGUGAAACCUCGUUUAACCUCCCUCUUCAAACCUUCUGUUGUCUGUCAUUUUAAAAAUGUGUAUUGCUAUUUUUAACGUACAUUUUUGCUGGGCAACAGUUUUUAAAUUAAAUUUUAUUUAUGUAUUGCAAAGAAUAUGAUAAAUUUGGAAUUCAGGUGUAUACUGUACCAUUUCAUUCCAAAAUAAUUGUCCUAGUGAUUUUGACAUUUCAAACAUUUUAAAGGAAUUUCUUUGACAUUUCAUACAUUUUAAAGGAAUUUCUCCUGGUUCUAUGGGUGACGGUUAAUAGAGGUUUUGCUGUAACUCAUUCCUCAAUGUGAAGUAUAAUUCAUAUGAAUCUGUGUAAGAAGUGGAAUCGCACAAGGUUUUACAGUGCCUUUUAAUAGGGCUUUAGUUUUAAAAUGUGUCCUUUAAUAAAAGUUACGUUAUUGUAACUAGUUGAUUAGUUUUAAGUAAAAUUAAUCGGGGUUUUUAUGUUUAAGUAUUAAUAACAGUUUUCACAGCUUUAAGGUUCUAGUAUGUAGCUAUUAAUUUAGAAUAUAAUACUUUUUGAGCAUUAACCCAUUCCCGCCUAAAGACAGGCAGGGCCCGUCCUACCUCGUCAGGUUACGAAAGACUAAACACGGGCAGCGCCCAUCCUCACGCAUAAUGCAUUAUUAUGCGUUAUUAUUAGGCUUAUACAUUAUUAUUGAUUUACCUAAUUUUCCCAAUCUUGUAAUUAGUUUCAAAAGUAUUAUAAUUAUGCUUAGACUAUUAUUUCCCAUUUAUUUCAAUACUCGCAACGCUCUGUACACAUGAAAUUUUGGUGCAAAAAUUGUAUUAGACCUAGACUUAUUUUGUCGUUUUGCAUAGUUUUACAAAAACAGCUAUAAAAUGAAGGAUUUUAUAUACAA